GAAGAAUUCAACGCUACGAGGAUGCAUCUGCUAACACGGAUUCAACCAGUGAUCUUUGUUCUAGCUAAUAAACAUUACUGAUAAUGUAGUUAGUUUUAUAAACAUUUAUUAACAUAUUACGGCCGUCUUAGCGAAUUAUUUCGAACUGAAUUAAAAAAAGCAUGUAAAGUGAGAUAGAUUAAUCUUCUGUGAUAAACUGCUCCUAGUGAUAAAUUAUUGUUGACUUCGAUUUUUAAUUAUGUGUAAAAUUAUAUUAAUAUUUUGCGCCCUGCAAAUUGUGACAGUGUAUUGUUCGGUGCUUCUGUCUGAAAGUGAAAUUUCAAGAAGUAGACAACCACCUCACUUCAAGUAUACGGUUGAUGAACUUCUGAACAAUGUGUUUCCAAAGAAAACUUCAGAUGAUCUCGAUCUGGACCCUUGUAAAGCAGGUGAAUUUUUGGGUGACAUAGCCAUACCCUUGAGCGAACAGUCGCCGAAUCCAAAAGCAAAGAAAUCGGCGCUCCAAGAGGAGGUAGAAAAAUAUAAGCAGGAAGUCCUCGAAGGAUUGCAGAUAGAAGAAGAGGGUCUGACGGAUUACAUUCGUAAGAAAACUAAGCAACCCGUCCCUAUAUCGAAUUACAACGAUCCGUUUGAUAGUUUAUCGGUAGAUCCGACGCACAAAAAUGGACAAAUUUUAAAACCGACUUACUCGGGAUCGAGCACAAAAUAUAUAAAGACUGAAAUUAAAAACGAGAGUCACAGUCCUGAAGAACAUUCAACUAGUAAUUAUACGGAUAAUGUUGAUGUUGGUAAAAAACCUGGUCAACACAAAAAUGGGGAAAAUCCGCACAAGAGGAAGAAGAGGCAUCAGAAUAAACGUCGAAGGCGGCAAAAAAAAUCCAGUAGGCCUAAUGUUCCGCACGAGUCUCCCAUUCACGAAUUCGAGCCAAAUUUUGAUCUCAAACGGAAGAAUACGGUACCGUACGACAGGAACCACAACAGCCACAGCAGAGUAACCAGAGCUGCUACUGCUAGGAAGGAAAGGGUGUGGGACUAUGGAGUAAUUCCUUACGAAAUAGACGGAAAUUUUAGUGGAAUGCACAAAGCUCUUUUCAAACAAGCAAUGAGACACUGGGAAAAUUUUACAUGCGUUAAAUUUGUAGAGAGAAAUCGAGAUGAACAUCAGAACUACAUUAUUUUCACGGAAAGGCCUUGUGGAUGUUGCUCCUUUGUUGGAAAAAGGGGAAAUGGUGGUCAAGCAAUUAGCAUUGGGAAGAACUGCGACAAAUUUGGAAUUGUUGUUCAUGAACUGGGACAUGUAGUUGGAUUUUGGCAUGAACACACUAGGCCUGACAGGGACAAACACGUCAACAUUAUCAGGGAAAACAUAAUGAGUGGUCAGGAGUACAACUUCAACAAACUCAACGAAGAGGAAGUGAAUUCGUUGGGUUUAAUAUACGACUACGACUCGAUUAUGCACUACGCCAGAAAUACCUUUUCAAAAGGAACAUAUCUCGACACCAUUCAGCCCAUCGACGUGAUCGGCAGAAGAAGGCCCGAAAUUGGGCAAAGAAUCCGGCUCAGUGAAGGAGAUAUAGCGCAAACGAAUCUACUCUAUAAGUGUCCCAAAUGUGGCCGGACGUACCAGGCCAAUUCUGCGACAUUUUCCGCCCCCAUUUAUACUGACAACGUCCCCGAAGACGGCAUCAAAUGCGAAUGGAGAAUUACCGCAACUCACGGAGAACGAAUCGUCCUUAACAUCACCAAUUUGGAUAUAGAAAAAUCGCAGGACUGCAAGACAGAUUAUAUCGAAGUGAGAGAUGGUUAUUGGCACAAGUCCCAAAUUCUCGGCCUGUUCUGUGGCACUGGACAGUUUCAUCAUAUUGUUUCCAAGGAGAGUCGCAUGCUCAUUACGUACGUUGCCAAGAAUCCUAAGGGACAUAGAGGAUUCACAGCCAGUUAUGAAGCAAUUUGCGGAGGUGAUUUAACUAUAGACACUGAGGGUCACCUUGAAUCGCCCAACUACCCAGAAGAAUACCAACCGAAUAAAGAAUGCAUUUGGAGGAUAACAGUAACUGAAAACCACCAAGUUGCGUUACGCUUCCAAUCAUUCGAUGUAGAAAACCAUGACAGUUGCGUCUAUGACUACGUGGAAAUCAGAGACGGUUUGUCGUUGCAGAGCCCUAUUAUAAAAGUUCAUUGUGGUCAAAAGGUUCCAUCGGAUAUAAUCUCCACAUCCAGCGAGAUGUUGGUUAAAUUUGUAUCUGAUGGAUCAGUUCAGAAGGGAGGAUUUUCAGCUACCAUAAUGAAAGAAUACGAUGAGUGUUCCAAGAUAGACCAUGGAUGUGCCCAGCAAUGUGUUAAUACUUUAGGAAGUUACGUGUGUACCUGCAGGAUUGGAUUCGAGUUACACUCUGAUGGUAAAAAUUGUGAAGAUGCAUGUGGCGGAGUGUAUGACGUACCUAAUGGAACAAUCACGUCCCCUUCCUUCCCAGAUUUCUAUCCUCUUAAUAAAAACUGCGUCUGGGAAAUUGUUGCCUCGCCACAGUAUAGGAUUACCUUAAAUUUUACUCAUUUUGAUCUGGAGGGCAACAACAAUGCCCAACAACAACAGUGCGAAUAUGACAGAGUGGACGUUUAUAGCAAACAAAAAGAAGGCAAACUUAAAAAGCACGGGUCUUAUUGUGGAUCAAAAGCUCCUGGGUUAAUAACUUCUGAAGGAAACGUCAUGAGAAUUGUGUUUUACUCUGAUACAAGCAUUCAGAAAACAGGAUUUUCGGCUGUAUUUAUAACAGAUGUAGACGAGUGUGCUAUAAAUCACGGAGGCUGCCAACAUGACUGUAUGAACACCCUUGGAUCGUACAUCUGCACUUGCCAUAAUGGUUACACUUUGCACGAAAAUGGACGAGACUGUAAGGAAGGAGGUUGUAAACAUGAGAUAACCGAUCCCUAUGGUCCAUUAGGUAGUCCAAACUAUCCCGAUUAUUACCCGGCACGAAAAGACUGCGUUUGGCAUUUGACAACCACCCCCGGACACAGAAUCAGAAUAUCGUUCCAAACAUUCGAGCUGGAACCACAUCAAGAGUGUUCAUACGACCAUCUUGAUUUUUACGAUGGGCCGUCACCAGAAUCACCGUCGCUAGGAAGAUUCUGUGGAUCAAAACUUCCACAUUCAAUAAUAUCUUCAGGAAACCAGCUGUAUAUGACAUUUAGGUCCGACGCCUCUGUUCAAAGAAGUGGUUUCUGGGCAACCCACUCCACUGUCUGUGGAGGAAUGCUACAAGCCACGUUAGAAAAACAACAUAUUUAUUCUCACGCAAAAUUCGGAAGAGCCAGUUAUGAAAAUAGGGCGGAUUGUGACUGGACCAUAGAAGCUAUGGUCGGAUAUAACGUUAAAUUAUCUUUUUUAACUUUUGAUAUUGAAGACGAGAAAGAGUGCGGGUACGACUACGUUGAGAUCUUUAGCGGUUUAGAUUCCAGUGGGCCUUCAUAUGGAAAAUACUGUGGGACAAAGAAGCCAUUCGACAUAAUAUCAACCCACGAGGCAUUACUGGUGAGAUUCAGAUCCGACGAUACGCUAGUCAGCAAAGGAUUUAGCCUGGUUUACGAAGCUGUAGAAAUGUCCUUUAGCGAGGAAGAAAUAUGAAUUCCUAUAAAAUUUCAGUUUGCAAGUCCGUACUUUAGUCAGUCGCCAUUAGAGGGCAUCGCGACCACGAUGAUACCCUUACCAGUGGUUUUUUGCUCAACAUUUACGGAUCGAAAACAAUUAACUAGCACUAAGUGAUAUUUGACUUUGACUUAUUAAAUCAAUAGUUUAAAGUCUAUUCAACUCUUUUAACUUAGUAUUUAUUAUAAACUUACCGUGUACUUAGCGAAUAUGAUGUAGGAAAACGUAUUUGAUCGUAAACUGUAGAGUGAAUGUAUUUCUUAAUUAUGAAAUCAAGUGCGACUUUAACAAACUUCUGAUAUAUAGAAAACUUAAACGAAGUGCCCAUAUAUGAGAAGUUUUACUAGAUAUUAACGAGUUUAUGACGUUCGAUUCUCUUAGUAGUUGGAAAAAAAUAUAUAGGUAAUAAUAAAAGGAUCUUAAAGAAUAGUCUAGAAUGCAUCAGUAAUUAAUGUAAAUGUGAAUGAAUGCGAAGUCGUUUUAUCGUUGUAAACCGUUAUAUACUUCAAAAUAAUUAGUAUACUAGCCGUAAAAAUGUGAAUUGUACAAAUGUUUAUUGAAUAAAUGUGUAUUAUAUGUUUUGACGUGUACAAGUUAGCUAAUAACGAAUAAUAAUA